UCUCUGCAUCUUACUUGUGUCCAUUCUCCUCCAUUCGCUUCGCUAGCUUUACACACAGUCCCCCGGUAGCAGGCUAGCAGAAAGCAGAUCGAUGUUGCUCUCUGGUCGCAUGGCCGCAUCCGCCCUCCUCCUGCUCGUCCUCCUCGUCGCCACAGAGAUGGGGACGCCGACGAGGAAGGUGGCGGAGGCGCGGGACUGCCUGUCCAAGAGCCACAAGUUCAAGGGCGCGUGCCUCAGCAGCAGCAACUGCGCCAGCAUCUGCCGCACCGAGAACUUCCCCGGCGGCGAGUGCAAGCUCGACUCCUUCGCGCGCAAGUGCUUCUGCAAGAGGGUCUGCUAGCCGUGCUCGCUCGGCCCGGCCGGCGCCGCGAGGUCCGAUGCUAGCUACGGUAGUACGGUUGCUAGAUCAUCUUCGUCAGUCAGUGUACUUGUUCACGUUUGUCAGUACUUGUUCUUGUGUGUCCCGUAAUAAAGUAGAGAAUCAAUCGGGGUCUCGAUGGUCUAGUUUGGCAGUAUAAGUCGUGCUUUUCUUUUGCUGCUUUGUGUCAUUGUAUGUGUUGUAAUGUGACAAGGUCGUUGUUUCAGCAUGGACGGGCAUGUGCAAUGCAUCUCUCUGUC